CUAAUUUACAUUAAGUAAUUUAAUUACUUUUCAAUAUUAUUUAUAAAUUAAUUUUUUUGGUGAAAUUUGUUUUUGUUUGGUGGCGCUACAGUCGCAGAAAAAUCACCAAAGCGUCAACCACAAGCCCCCUUGGUAUUUUUUGAUUAUUUGACAUAUUUGGGGGGUUGUUUUGGCGUCCCCCCAAGAAUACAAGUUAAAAAUGAGUGUUAAACAAAUAAAAAUAUAUAGCGCAAUAAAUUAAGUGCGUCGUUAUCAAUUAUAAACUUUCGUAAUGGCAAGUGUUAUUUCCCUCUCAAGUGCAUCGUCGAAUCGUUCCCCCAAAAAUACGGAUUCUCCAAUGACUGUUUUAACCCUAAGUUCCGAAAUUCACAGAGUUCCAGUGAGUUGGGACGGACAGAAAGCUACCAAAAGGAAGUCAAAAGUUUUGGACUCCGAAAACACCCCCAGUCAUUAUGAAAAAGUUAAAGAAUGGAUAGAUACGUCUAAAUAUGACGAUAUGGGGGCCACUAGUGGGAAUAAAAGUAUUUGUAUUCGUUACGAUUUUGAUAAAAGUGACAAAAUCACAAUCAAUGUACCCAAAUCUUGUUUUACAAGAGUCACCCCCUUGUUUUCUUACAUGGAAAAAGCCAAAAAAGCAGUUUUGAAUGAAGAGAAAAAGGUUAAAAACGAGGAAUGUACCAAAGUUAACGGAAAUGUAAACAAUCUUGAAACUCCUCUAAGUCCAGAGAGUCAGAAAAAGGAGCUUUGUAGUUACCUGCAAUUAAUGAAACCUGGUGAUAAGAAACAGAAGAAAAAAUUAUUUGGAAAUAGGAGAUCUAAUAGAGUCAAGAAUUUAGUUCAAAAUAAUAAAAACCACCAAGAAACGUGUUCAGAAAACGACGUAAACACUUUCCCUACCCUCAAAUCAUUUGAAGAUUUAAAUAUCAAGUCAAGUAUUUUUGAUGGGAAGAAGAAGAACAUGAGAGAAGCACCAAAUAAGUAUUUACCGUUGCCCCCCAAGUCGAAAUUUAGCGAAUUUGUUGAUUUUGAGGAUUCAGUUAAGAAAAUUGUAGAUGAAGGUUUCAGGUCACGGAAGAAUGGCAAGUUGAAAAAAGUCGAGAAGCGAAGAAAAUUUAAUUUUGGGCUCAAAUCGCGUCAAUUCAAUUUCAAGAGGAUUAAUUCGUUACGAAGCAAAGGUCGACUCAGAUUCAUUUCUUUGGAUAGACUGAUUCUGCGUAAAAGUCAGCAGAGAAGGAAAACACGGAAAAAAUUCUUGAAGAAAAUCAAAGACAAGAACGAGAAAAAUACGAAAACGGAAACUCUUGAAACAGAUUCGGUGCAAAAGUUGGAAUCCCCACAUUGCGAAAUGAUUUCAGUUCGUACAGAUUCGGACGAUUCGGUGGAGAAAUUGCGUUGCGAAAUCGUCUCAGUUCACACAAAUUCUGAUGAUGAAAAUGUCGAUUUAAAAAAUUUCGUUGAUGAUAUGUUGGAGUUGGAUAAAAUGAGCGAGGAGCAUAGGAAAAGUGUUAUAGAAACUAGGAUUUUAGCGUCUGGUUCGAUUACUAAUCUUAUAAGCAAGCAGAUGGCGCAAGAAGCAGACGUCCAGAAGGCUUAUAAGAUAUUUGCAGAUUUAUCCGAGAAGAAAACUUCAGAGGAGAAGGAAAAUAACGUGAAGAAAGAUGCAGUCGAUUUGAUUGCCUUCGAGCACGCUUAUGCGAAAGUUGACGAAUUACCAACUGAGGAAAAACAAGUGGAUGAAGAAGAAAAUGAAGAGGAAGAAGAAAAAAAAGAGGAAGAAGAAGAAGAAGAAAAAGAGGAGUCGCUCCAGAAUAAUCUGAGUCCGGUCCCUAUUCCUGAGCUACAAGUCCUCCCUGUGAACACUACAAUCGCAACAAAAUCGCUGCAUCGAAGUCUCACUCAUAGCAACCGUCGAAAGUUAUUUUUGAACAAUUACGGUCUCCACAAUUGGAAUUCUGCGUCGAAUUCGGAUAAUCGGAAACUGAACCAUUCGAUAAGGAUUUCGAAAAAUGACGGUGCAGUUUUGAGGGGGUUUUAUCAGGACUUCAAUUUGGUCAUAGUUCAAGAAAAAUCUGUAUCGUUUUGGACGCAAAGUGCCUUGGGGAAUGUGUUAGGAGCACAAAACAUGUGGAUUCCUAAAGGACAAAUCCAAAGAAUUCCCCUAAAUAGCACUUACGUACAAAAAAAUGCCAACGAAAUGGUGAUUUCGACUGAGACCAGUGUGGCAUAUGUCGAAUUAUGGACCAAAGAACACAAAUCGGACGUGAGGGAAGUACCAGUGGCUGAUGUUUUCGCCACGGUGUAUUUCUGGAGGCUGAGGCAGAAUGGGUUGGAGAAGAAGGCAUUGCAAUUGGAGAAUAUUAAAGGGUGCGCCGACGACGUACGAUACUGCGUUCUUCGGUGUUACCCUCGCAUCAUCGUCUGUUGGCAAUUGGUCCAAGGCAAUGAAAAACGUACAAAAAUCCAUUCUUUUCAUUUAGCCGCCGAUUUUCAGACCGUUGCCAACAUAAGCGAGAUUCAACCAGUUGAACAUUACGUUUCUUCGUUACACAACAUCGAAGAUUGUGACAGCUUAGUCAUGGGUUGCGGCGAAAAUAAAAUCACAUUAUGGAAUAUCGAAUAUGGAUACAUUGUUGCCAGUAUUGAAUUGUCGAAUAUCAAGUCGCUUUUGUGCACUCACUGGGUCAAGUGUGAUAGAGGUUUUCUGUUCACGAUCCAGGAGUGCGCUGAUCACGAGUUGCGACUCAUUGCAAUAAAUGGAAUGAACCAAUCUUGGAAAAAGCUCCAGAAUUUUAACCCACCAACUGGAUUUGAAGGGUUGAAAGGAGUUUGUGUUGAAAAUGGCAUAGUGAUAGCUUACUAUUCGCAAGGAAUUUUGUGUUGGAACGCACAAAGUGGCGAACCCAUAGUCGAAGAAGUACCAAAUGAAUGUGAAUAUAUUCCUUCUGGGAAACAUGUGAUAUUGCUAAUUGAUGAAAAUGUCAUCGUAAGAAAUUCGUUAAGCCAUUUAAUUACUGAUUCGUAGAGUUCGUUUUCUAUUUUUUGUUUUGUUGACUGAUUUUAACUAGAUUGUUAUUAUUUAUGUGAAUAAAGUUUAGUUGCCAUUGUACAUUUUCCUGUACAAAAACAAAUUUGCUAUUUUGACGAAUAAAGUAUUUUCUACGAAA